UUGAAUACCCCGGAUUGCGAAGAAAAAGCGGCUCAGCGCCACGACCUCGGUCAAUGGCGUCGGGUUGAAACAAACUGGGCAGACGAAGGCGGGUUUAUCCUGCGCGGCGCUUUUAAGAAUUGGUGACUCGAAUUACCGUUUACCAGUCCCGUUGAGUGUUCGACAUACCAUAAUUUGAGGUCUUUGAAGGAUUGCAUAAUGAAAUAGCGGUUUUAAAUGUUAUGCAUGUGAAAAUGAUGUCCGGAUCAGCUAUCGUCCUGCCAGGCUCGGCGUGGUGUAGAGUUUUCUUCAAGGUUGGGUUGAGAUUUUCGGAUCUUGAGGCUGCUGAUGAAAAAAACCCUGAAACGGCAUUUCAGCCAAGCCACAUCCAGGAUAUUGAUCAAGAUGUGGCAGGCUGCAUAUCCCGCGAGGUUACAGUGCAGCCACAGGAGCAUGAACCACCUGAGCUAUCGCAUAAUGCCAUUGAUUAUUGGGAUCCAUUGCCAGCUGUACUAGCUCCAGCUGACAGUUCAGCAGCCAAGCUUGCAAGGUCCUUUACAAGGUCCCUACCGAGUCGAGUCGAGUCGAGUCGCGAGUCACUUCGGUUUCGAGCUCCGUCCGUGUUAGUGGGUCAUAAGCUCAAUGUUGGGACGGGAUAAUCAUCGAUGUCAUUUCUCGGAACCCCCAGCAAAAAUAGAAGCUCGACCAUUCAUCUCCCGCUGACUCCCACCCUCCGCAAACUCUCAUAUUGUAGAUCCCCAAAAGCCACUGUCUCUCUUUGAAGCCAGAAACAGAAGCAAGGCAUUACGGCACUGCUACUAACUCUAAUCUGCCUGUCUUAUCUAUUAGUACAUCUCGGAUACUGUAUCCGCUACUCGCUAAAGCAUGCUGGAGCCACAGCACAUGUAAGUCCUUGUCUCGUCAUGGUGACCUCCACUAUUGCUUCCGUUGUCCAACCCCCCCAAAAUCUAUUCCAUUGCCUCGUCAUCAAAUCAGCUUCGACAACUCACACCGUCUGUGGCUGCGAGACCAAUACCGAUACCGCUAUUUAUCCAAUCAUGAAUUGAUCAUCGCCUGAACUGGAGUUUUGGGCUUGGCUCUGUCACAUGCUUUUCCUUCUAUUCUUUGCUCUGUCUCUAGUCUGUUUCUGCUCUCUAUUCAAGAUAGAUAUGUCUUGUACACCCGCUUGAACAGAGCAAACCUUUCCCUCUCUAUUGUCUGCCUGCCUACACCGACAGUCGAUACAAUGAGCUCCUCGACUGAUCGCUUCCGCAGGAAAAGGGUCGCCAUUGUCGGCAGCGGCUCUGCUGGAAUAGGUGCUCUGUGGGCCUUGAACAAGACGUAUCAUGAUGUCUACGUCUACGAAGCCUCCGACAGGUUUGGCGGUCAUACAAACACUGUCGAUUUCAAAAAGGGAAAGUUUUCGACAAAGGUCGAUACAGGCUUUCAUGUUUUGAACGCCGCCACAUACCCCAACUUUACCAAGUUCUUGGAGAAGAUCAACGUCAAGACUACACCAACAGACCUAACAUUCAGUCUAUCUCGAGAUCGCGGCGCUUUCGAAUGGUCCGGUUCCAGUCCAGCCUCAUUAUUUUGUCAACGAAGAAAUUUACUCUCACCGCGAAUGUGGCGAAUGCUUUUCGACAUAUUCCGUUUCAACCAAUUCGCCUUGGAUAUCUUGAGCGAUGACGAAGACGAUAUAUCGAGCAUUGAAGUUUUAAACAAAGCGACAAACUGUACCUGCAAAGACAUCACAAUUGGGAAAUACUUGGAGCUUGAAGGCUACUCGAAUGCCUUUAGAGACGAUUAUCUUCUUCCUCUGGCGGCAUCAAUAUGGAGCACGAGUCCUGACAAGUGCUCACUUGAGUUCCCCGCAGCGACAUUCGUGCGCUUCCUUUGGAAUCAUCAUUUACUGAACACAAUAAGAGCUCGCCCUCAGUGGUUGACAAUAGAGGGCGGCUCUAAAUCAUAUGUCGAUGCUGUCUUGAAAGGAUUCCCUCCCAAUCAUCUUUUUCUCAAGACACCAGUCAGGCAUGUUACGACUGAGAGCAACGGUCAAGUUAGGCUGCACCUGGAAAAUGGUUCAUCAGCUCUGUACGACCACGUCAUUCUCGCCACACAUGGUGAUGAGGCAUUCGAUAUCAUCAAGUCAUCCGCCAGUGAGCAAGAACGUUCCAUCAUGUCCAGUUUCAAGACGUCACAAAAUGAAGCCGUUCUUCACUCCGAUCUCGAUAUGAUGCCUCGCCGUAAGAAGGCUUGGGCCAGCUGGAAUUAUCUUGCAGUGUCAUCGCCGUCUUCACGAAAGGGAAACAUCAACCAGGUUUCACUCACUUACAACAUGAACAUCCUUCAGCACAUUCCUCGAAACACAUUCGGCGACGUCUUCGUUACUUUGAACCCGCUUCAAAGGCCAAAGCCAGCAAAAACGCAGGGACGUUAUUAUUACUCGCAACCUAUAUACACCUCAUCCGCCGUCCGAGCACAGAAACUUCUAAAACACAUCCAAAACACUCGCGGUAUUAGUUAUGCCGGCGCGUGGACCAAGUACGGUCUCCAUGAGGAUGGUUUCAGCAGCGGACUCGAAGUGGCCCAAGAACACUUGGGUGCUAAGCUCCCAUUCGAGUUUACCGAUUCUACAUACAGCCGAGGCAAGAUCCCAAGCCUAAGUCUCAUUGAUCAUUUGUUACGCUUGAUCAUCUUGGUGAUUCAGGUUUUUGUGGUUCAGAUCCUUGAACGAUUGGUCGGGAGCAGUCCUUCUCCACGUCAACGGCUUGUGAAUGGUAACAGGGUGAGAUUUGCAAACGGAAAGCAUCGAUAAAAGUGAAUUGUGUGUCUAUUUGGUAGGAGUUCUUUAAGAUUGGUAGUUUUUUCUGAUUUGCAGGCGUGCACUUGAGGUUAAGUUAUAUAGCAUAAAGCGAUGAGAUUGCAUAGGCAGGUUUAUGCUGCACGAUUACUGAAUUCGAUAUCAUUUCUUCUUUCACACUCUUGGGUUGGCAAACAUCAUGGGGUACUAGGCUCGCAAGUUAGAGUAAUAUGAUACUUGUUGCAAAGCGAAAGUGUUUCUACUCCACUUCAGGCAUCAAAGGUGAGGCCUUCAAACCAUGAC